AAAUUAAAAUUGUAGCCGUUAGCACUUUGCGCCUCUCCACUUUCAAAUUCAAACACGCUCUCUCUACAAUUCCUCUCUGUCUCUCUCUCCUCUCAAGUAUAACAACCUCAACUGGCAAUAGCAUCUUUCACGCAUCCACCAAAGCAAUGCAGGCGCUUCAAUCUCCUGUUGCCGGGAUUGCCGGAAUUGCCGGGAACCAGAUUGUUCGGCCUAGAAGCGGCCGGACGCCGCUCCAGCUGAAGAACACUCCGGCGUCUCUGACAAACUCCGAUGUCAAAAUCAAGCCAGCACAGCAACUGAUUGGCGUUGGGGAUGAUUCGAACAAGGAGAACCGUCCGAUCUAUGUGACUCCGGUGAAGAUUGAGGCGAUGGACGCGUCGCUGGCGGAGGAGCUGAGCGCGAUCAGGAAGAAGAUGGAGAGGAUGAAAUCGGACAGAGAGACGACGGAAAAGAUGCUCAAGGAGAGAGAUCUGAUGAUGGAAAUGCAGACGAAGGAGCUCGAAAACAGAGGGCAGAUUCAGAGGAUGUUGGAGAUCGAGCUCGAUCGGAUUUACCGAUUGAACCAGCUCCAUGUUCGAUCAAUCAGAGUGUCGCCGAUUCGAUCGCUCAGGGAGAAGGAGAAAGAAAAGAAGACCGCAGAAUGGCCGUCGCAGGAAGUGGAAGCGGAAGAUGAAGCGGAGGAGGAAAUGGCGGAAUCUGUGGAUGAAAACUCACCGCGGAAGCCGGAGAGUUGUUCUGCGUCCGGUUCCGAAAUCGUUACAGAGAAAAUAGAGAAGUGAUAAUUUUAUAGAGUUUUUGGUUUGUGAAUUUUAUUUGAAUUUUAUUCGUUUUCAUAAUAAUAUAAUACCUCAUUAUGUUUUAAUGUUCUUUGUAUGUUAGUGCUUGGAAUAUAUACUUAUAGUUCAUAA